AGCUAUAAGGAGAGAAUAGACGUUUCUCUAAUUUUUUUUCUUGGUCUUACGAAUGCGAAAAAAGCGCGGGAUUAGACGUUUUAGAAAAUUGUCAAAGUUAGGAAAUUAUUGAAAAAAAAAAUAUAUUCUACGUCAAAAACUGCUUGUACAUACUUUGAAAGUGUACAAUCUGUACGAAGAAAUAAGUAAUAAAAACGAGUAUCUAAUAAUAAAAAACAAGUUGGUGGAUAAGAAUUUUUUUUACCGACACUCGUGCGCUGCUUUCUACGAAUCUACGUAAAAUUCGUUUUUAAUACUUUGGCGAAUGCUGGAAUGUAAACUAGGUUAGGUUAUGCUUGACAUCUUUAUAUGUUUUUAACGGUAAAAGAGAGAAAGUGUUUGCCUUUAGAGAUACUACCAAUUUACUAUCGUAUAUUCUGUGAAUUUUCUUCGCGAAAAGUUCGCAUUUACGAAGAUGUUGCGAAGAGUAAACAGUUUAUUACAAAUUGUUGCUUGUGGACAGAAAAUGAGCAGCAGAAAUUUAAACUUUGUACCUAUCGUAGUGGAACAAAGUGGACGUGGUGAACGCGCGUAUGACAUUUACUCACGCCUUUUAAAGGAGAGAAUUAUUUGUCUCAUGGGUCCGAUUACGGAUGAUGUAUCUUCCGCGGUAGUUGCUCAACUUCUUUUCUUGCAAUCGGAAAGCAGUAAAAAUCCGAUUCAUUUGUAUAUCAACUCACCUGGUGGUAGUGUAACGGCAGGGCUAGGAAUAUACGAUACUAUGCAAUAUGUCCUUCCACCUGUCUCUACGUGGUGCGUGGGUCAAGCAUGUUCUAUGGCUAGUCUACUUUUAGCUGCUGGAACUAAAGGCAUGCGUCAUUCUUUACCAAAUGCUAGAAUCAUGACGCAUCAACCGUCGGGAGGAGUACAAGGUCAAGCUACAGAUAUUCAAAUCCAAGCUUUGGAAAUUAUCAAAUUGAAAAAACAAAUCAAUGAAUUAUAUGUAAAACAUACUGGACAAGAUUUAGAAAAAAUAGAAAAGGGUAUGGAGAGAGAUAACUUUAUGAGUCCGACAGAAGCUAAGGAAUUUGGAAUAAUAGACAAAGUGUUGGCCCAUCCUAUGCAAGAAGAAUCUGCAGAAACAAUAGAGAAUACAAUAAGUGCAACGACAAAGCCUUAAUAUCAUUGAAUAGGACACAGGUAUACAAAUUUGGUUUCAUUGUUGUAACAAAUGCAUUAAAAAAAUGUAUUUAUCAAUAUUUAAUAUAAACUAUUUAUAAAACAAUUAUAAACUAUAUUCUAUUCAACUGUGCUUGUGCAAGGGAUAUAUUUACCCUUUUUCAAAUUUUGGUAUAUACUAAUUUAUAACAGAGAGAGAGAGAGGAGAAUAUCAUUGCAGAGAUAAUGUGACUGCCUAUAUUCUUUCUUUGCGAUAUAUCUUCAUAAUUAAAGACAAGCAUGUAUGUUGCUAAAAAGCAAGUGUUUAUAACUUGCAACGUAUGAAAAAACCUAUUCACCUUAAAAUAUAAUAUGAUAUGUUAAAAGUUUGCUUCUAUUGAAGUUUUAUAGCUUAAUAUAUAAUUGCGAAUUACUUAAA